AUGAAUAAAAACAAAUUCGACAUACUUAAUCCUCAAAAUUAUGAACAUUGUAUGGAAGAAUUAUCAAAAAAUGAAGAUUUGCUUCAAUUAAUGCAAAAAGGUUUUCAGUUAACUUAUGAUAAAACUUGUGGUCUUCAGCUAGAUGAACUGCAAGAAUUAAUUCAAUUAGAACAUGAAGAAAAUGCACAAUUUAUGUUCAAAGAAAUACAGAAGUUAUCUGAAGGGCAAUCAACAUGGUUAGCCGCAACAUCAGGUGAUACAAUAGAACGUAAUACAAUUGUUGUAUUUGGCAAAAUCGUCGAUGGUAAAUAUGAUAUUUUGACUGUUCGAGCUACGCAGAUCAAAACAUUCGAUAAACAAAAGUUAAUAGCUUGUGGUAUUGGAGCUUUUUCUCUUGGUGUAUGUGUUGGUGCAAUUACUACGCCUUUAUUUGGUAUGCUUGCUGGUGGAUCAAUACUUGCAGCUAGUGGUGUCAAGACAAUGUAUGAUUAUCAAAAGGAUUUGCCGAAUUUGAUCUAUGGAUAUAUUUUUCAACAGCUAACUGAUAAAAAUGUUAUUACUGUUGAGAACGGUUGUUAUAAAAUUUAA